AUGGCCUCAAGGACUCUCACAGGGAGGACUAAUGACCAGGAACUGUGUUAUUUUCACGGCUACGUCCGAGGACACCGGGAUUCCUGGGUGGUGCUCAGUAGCUGCGCUGGCUUCAGCGGGCUGAUUGUCCUGGAUCGCAACAGCAGUUACUACCUGAAGCCUCCAGCCAACCCCACAUCGGAAGCUCACACCCUGUUUCGGGCGAAGGACUUGCUGGUCAAAGGGGGCACCUGCCCACAAGGGGACCUGCUACCCAACAGCGUGGGGGACCUCACUGGAAUCUUCCGACCCUUGAAGCGACUACCAAUGGCGCAGCAGAGAGAACUAACGCUGCAGUGGAGCGGUAGCUCCAUUGUUAUGUGCAAUAUCAGCAAACUGACUGGGCGGAUCUACUGCCAUUUGCUGAGGUUGCACAUAACAAUCCAGUACAUAGUAGCAAUGGUGGUUUACAGCUGGUACGCCCCGUUUUACAGGUCCCUGAACAUCAAAGUGGCCCUGAUCGGUCUGGAAGUCUGGACGGACCAGGACAAAUGCACGGUCAGUGAGGAUGCCCACGCCACCCUCGUCUCCUUUCUCCAGUGGAAGAAGACGCUGAGGAGCCGCAAGAAGCACGACAACGCUCAGCUCCUCACGUGGGUCCCUUCCUCAGGGGUCUCCGACAGUCACAAGGGUUGUGGAAAAUGGUCAGGGGCAUCAGACCAUUCGGAGUUGCCCAUCGGAGCGGCCGCCACCAUGGCUCACGAGAUCGGCCACAAUUUCGGCAUGGGACACGACAUGGAAGGCUGCUGCGUGGAGGCCACGGCGUCCCAGGGGGGCUGCGUCAUGGCUGCUGCCACGGGGGACGCCAAGUGUGGGAAGAUCCAGUGCCAGAGCCCGGCUGCCAAGCCCAAAGGGACCAACACCAUCUCCAUGGACACCACCAUCCGGUUUAACGGGCAGGAGAUCAAGUGCCGAGGAACGUUGGUCUACGCCACCAAGGACGAAGAGGGAGACCUUUCAGAUCCGGGCCUUGUGAUGACGGGCACCAAGUGCGGAGAUGGGUUGGUGUGCAAAGAUCAGCGGUGUCAAAACGCUUCCUUUUUCGAACUGGACAAAUGCAUCUCCAAAUGCCACGGCCACGGGGUGUGUAACAGUAACCAGAACUGCCACUGUGAUCCUGGAUGGGCACCUCCGUUCUGUGAGAAGCCGGGGCUGGGUGGCAGCGUGGAUAGUGGCCCCGUCCAGCAAGACCGUGAGAACGGGAUGGCUCACCAGAAAACAAGUCAAGGCCACUCAAAUUCGGCUUUCAGCCUGCAGGAUAUUUCCUCCGCUAACAAAGUGAAAUCCAGCAUUACAACUCAGGUAAACCAACUCAACACCUCGGUGGUCGUUUGA